CCGCCCUCCCACCUGCUGCAAACCUCGCGAUGUUUCCGCAGCACGUCACCCUGGAAACCAGGCGACGGGGACGCGAUGGAGUGCCGGCGGUCGGCGGGCUCGACAAAGAAAGCUCUGUCUACUAGAUCUGGCUCCCUUCCAUCAGCUUCAACAAAGAAAGCUCCUCCAGAUUUACUUGCGAAAGAAGAAGAGUACAAGAAAUUAAAUGCAGAACUGGAAGCAAAAACAGCUGAACUGGUCCGGCAAGCUGAAGAAGUUAUGAAGGGACAAGAGGAAAUACUGUCUCAAUCAAGACCACAGUAUGAAAUAACUGAACCAGUGGACAAAGAGAAACUGAGAGAAUUUUUUUCUUUUGAUGGAUCAUCUUUUGAAAAUAAAGUAAAAAAGAACAAAAGUAAGGUUGGAUUGAGGAACAUAGAGCAAAGCAGACCAUGUUCAGCAAACAAAGGAAAGAAAACUACAAGCGCUAAACAUAAAAGUAUUGAAUUACACGUGGCCGAUGAUGUUGCAGUUCCAGAAGAUUUUUCCAAUUUCUCCCUUGCAAAGACAAUUAGCACAAUUGAAGAUCAGCUGGAGGAUGGAACUCCUGCUGAUGUAGAAGAUGUGGUAAUGCCCAGCAUGGGCAAUGAGAUGAGCACAGAGGCCCAGAUACGAUUUCUGAAAGCAAAAUUAAGAGUAAUGCAGGAGGAACUGGAUAGACUAGCUCAUGAAUACAACAAGAAGGAUGAUGAAAAUAACACAUUGACGAGUCGUGUAAAGGAGGUAGAGGAAGAACGCAACAGAUUACAGAAGACGACAAGCAUCCAGCAGUCUCAGAUUGAGAAAUAUAAAAGCUUGGCCGAUGAGGCACAAAGGAAAAGUGAUGGUUUGCAACAACAAGUAUUUUCUUUGCAAAAGGAAUUAGACAGUCAGAAAAGAGCCCAGAAGCAAUUUGCUACAAACCACAGUGCCACAGAGGUUCGCCUGAACAGGGCAUUAGAAGAAACUGAAAAAUACAAAGCUGAACUUAAUAAACUGAAGCAGAGUAAUAAGGACAUAACUAAUCAAGAAAAACUAACAAUUGAUCAGCUGAAGACUGAAAACAAGAAGUUGGAAAAGCAGAAAACUGAGCUUAUGACUGGCUUUAAGAAACAGAUGAAGCUGAUAGAUAUCCUAAAAAGGCAAAAGAUGCACAUGGAAGCUGCUAAGAUGCUCUCCUUCACUGAGGAAGAAUUUAUUAAAGCAUUGGAAUGGGGAAACUGAUUGGAAGAAACGACAAAGUAACAAGUCAAUACUGUAAAACAUAUUUGAAUGCAAUUGCUAGUUUUCAAAAUCUGUGUUCAUCUUUUAAUAUUUAAUGAUUAUUUUAAAGAAAUAAAGAUAUUUUCUACCUUUAUUUUUUUUUACUCUUUAUCCUAGUGGUCAAUUAAAUAUGGAAUGGUUAUUGGUUUUAAACCUGAUUGUGUACAUUCUUUGUUCUUAAAUCCCAACACUUGAAAUGCUACAUGGGAUUUCAUUAUUAGCCUCUAAUAUCUGAGUGCUUGAAGUGACCCAAAUUGGCAGCAGGAAGAACUGGUUGACUUUUGUUUUACUUUUUCAUUUAUUCUCCUUAGAGCUCACCAGAGUUCAUACUUUUCAAUGCCUAAUUAAACACACUUAAAUUGUUACAAAGUUAAAGUAUUUGAAUUUUUAAAUGUUACCUAUCGAUAAGAACUACGAAGUAGUAAAUUCAACUAGAGUAUCAAGCACUCUAAUCCAGCACCAUAGUUCUAGUCACCUUUUUACAACCAAACACAGCAAAUGUUUGUUAUGAUGGGCUGGAAACUUGGUGACCUGGUGAGAUUAUUCCAUUU